UGAACCUUAAAACAUUAGUAUUUAGUGGCUAUAUUGAUCAAUUUCUAUAUACAUUUCUCUCAUUCUUGCAUUUGAGAUCAAAGAAAACUCUAAGACAAUAUGCAAAUGAUCAUCAUUUUCAUUUUCAAACUCAUCGUUAUUGUCGCGGUUUUCCAUCCUAGCAAAAUUCUUGGAGAAUUAACAUCAAUCGUAGAUGGAAACGCUGUUGAAGCAAUCAGAAACAAGCUAACUUUUGUCGACCAACGGCUAGCCGUAGUAUAUCCGUUGAUACAAACUUUCAAGAAAAGUAUAACAUCUGACCCCCAAAAUAUCACUGGAUCUUGGGUGGGGUCAGAUAUAUGCAAUUACAAAGGGUUUUACUGUGACAACCCGCCUGACAACAAAACCGCCACCGCCCUUGCCUCCAUAGACUUCAAUGGAUUCCAUCUUAAGGCUCCAACUCUCGAUGGUUUCCUCGACCUGUUACCCGACCUCGCCCUCUUUCACGCCAACUCAAACUUCUUCUCGGGCACCAUUUCACCAAAUAUUGCUAAACUUCCGUACCUCUACGAAAUAGACCUAAGCAACAACUUAUUCACCGGUACGUUUCCCAUCGCCAUACUCGGGAUGCGCACCUUGUCAUUUCUCGAUAUCCGAUUCAACUCCUUUACCGGUUCCAUCCCACCUCAACUUUUCACAAAACAAGACCUAGACAUCUUGUUCCUAAACAACAACGACUUCAUCCAACAACUAGCCGAAAUCCUGCCUGUCGAUCAAAAACAAGAAAGAAAACUAGCGGAAAUCCUCGGAACCUCCCAUCUCUUUUACCUCACCUUAGCCAACAACAAAUUCUUCGGUCCAAUCCCUCGUUCGAUCGCUACAUACUUUUCAAGUGUAUCCGAAGUCUUACUACUCAACAACAUGUUGAGUGGCUGCCUCCCGUACGAGCUCGGUUUCUUGACCGAAACAGUAGUUUUCGACGUUGGAAACAAUCUCUUAACCGGUCCAUUACCGUUUUCAUUAGGGUGUAUGAAGAAGGCUGAAGUGAUUAACUUUGCAGGGAACUUGUUGUAUGGUGGUGUGCCAGAAGUGUUGUGUGCUAUGGAUAAUCUGGCUAACUUGUCUUUGUCUGAUAACUAUUUAACUAGUGUGGGUCCGGUUUGUAGAGGGUUGAUCAAGAAAGGUGUGCUUGAUGUUAGGAACAACUGCAUAAUGGGGCAACCGGAUCAGAGAUCAGUGGUCGAGUGUUCGGUAUUCUUUUCGAAACCGAGGUAUUGUUCGUAUAGGCCAACGUAUCGUUAUCUUCCUUGUUGGGUGCCGCAUUUUAGUGGUUCUCCUCCGAGUCCGAUGGCUCCGUCGGAACCUGCUCCGGCUCCUGUUUGAUGUCUGUUUUGUUAUUAUUAAUAUUAAUGUUUUGUUAAGCGUGUUGCCAACUUAUAUUUCUGGUUAUACUUUUUAUA